GCGUGAGCUGUGAGUUUGUGAAAAAAAUAACAAUUAUAUAUUUUUGUAUUAUGUCAGAGAGGCAAUAAGAGAGCUUACACCUAUUGUUCUAGUUAUUCCACAGUACAAAUGUUGCACUACGGCCAAAUCCUAAAACCAAGUCCUAGUGUUCCACGCUAGCAUAUACAAAAACCUAUUUAAUUUCACCGCAAACGAGGUAUAGCCCAACAAAUGAAGACGACGUAUUCGUUAAGACGAAAGACAACUUUGAACGGCGGUGACCUAAGGUCUAAAGCUUACUCUUUUAACGAAUGAUAUAACUAGACACGAACACAAUACACCAUUGAUCUUUCUCAUUUUCUUUCUUUUUCAUGUGCUAUUAUAUGUCAUUACCUUUAAUGUUAAGCAUGUAAACUAAAAAUUUUACAAGUAAAUUUUCAAAGUAAAAGAUAAAAAUUUUGGUUAAUAAAUUAGUCAAGAUGUCAAAUCUUGUCUGUUGAUAAUUUUCUCUUCUGUUUUUAUCGUUUCUGUAAAUAAAUACGCAUGCAAACAUAUACAUUACGUCAGAAAUACUAUUAGAGAGGAAGUUCCUCUCUGAUAUUAUUCACAACCUAUCAACCACUGAAAUUACUAUUAAAGUAAAAUUUAAGAUUUAUCAUAACGUUUAUUAUUUAGUAUAAAGCAAAUUUAAUGUUAAAUCUAAAAACCUAUUGUGUAUAAAAUAUAUCAAAAUUAUUACUAUUCAUCAUUCCACUAAUUCAUUAUCGCUUAAACGGUAAGAUUUCCUUUUCUUCUCUAAAAAGAAUAUAAUAAAUAAUUAAUUUCUCUUUCUGAGGCAACUUUCUUUCAGUAUUGCGUGAUUAUGUUAUUCUCUUAUUUGUCUAUCUCGAAUAGAAAAGUAUGAACUUGUUCAUAAAACCGUACAAUGAAAUAGUUUUUUGUACCGUGGAACUAAAUAAAUGCAUGUAUAUGCUAGCGUGGAACACCUUCAGUACUCGGACGUUGGGGGCAGUACUAAUCCGGAAACAACCGGAAAGAUACGCGUAACAUGAUACGAAAAAAACGAUUGAAAGUGUUGAUUUACGCACUACAGAUCAUCUAUGUGCUCAGUGAAAAUAAUUUAAUCGAUCAUCGACACAUCGGACAAAAUGAAACACUGACCGCUUCGAUGAAAAUUUUAUCGUUUGAUCUCAAUGCUGAAUAUGUAGUAUCUUCAGAACUAAAUAAUUCUAUGAGCAUAAAAGAGUUUCUAGACGAAGUUACGGAAUUCGAACAAAAUGAGCUCCUGCCGAAUGAUUACCUGAAAAGCAACGAUACUAAUAUAUCGAUUCUCGAUACAACGAACAAUGACUUCAUUCAAAAAUUCGAGCAUAUUUCUAUUUCAUCUAACGAAUUGAAAGAUAACCAAAUUUUAUCGGAAGAUAUAUUAGUGACAUGUAACGAAAAAGAUCGAGAAAAUGUACAGAAUCUAACGAUUGAUCUAGUUGCUACAGAAUGGAUAUUUCUCUCCUGGGAACCUCCUUGUGAUAAUAUAACAAGUGAAUUGUUUUAUACUAUCGAUAUAUGUUUGGACUUGAAUCAACCAUGUUUUUCAAGAAAUAGAACUAUAGUAAAAGAUGUACAAUAUAAUGCCACUGAUCUAGAACCAUGCAACAAUUAUACAUUUAUUGUAAAAGCCAUUGACAAAGAUUUAAACUCGACUGGAGUUAUUGUAACAGGAGCGACGAGUUCUAAUAUUACUGAAAUUGGAGAUAUUCAAAAAUUAGUUGCGCAUACUGCUUCCAGUACAAUUAAAUUAAGCUGGAAAUCACCAGGAGAUUACCCAACAUGUGUAAAUCAUUAUUUAAUUGAGCAAUGUUUUAAAAAUAUUUGUAGUAAUGCCUCAAUUACAACUGAGGAAUAUAUUUCAUCAAAUUUAGAACCAUGUGAGGAAUAUUUCUUUAUAAUUAGAGCAGUUUCAAUAAACAACAAACAAUCUAAUGGUGUUGAUAUUACAUUAAAAACAAAUUCUCCAAUUAUUCAUUGGGAACCACCAGAAAUUGGAGCUAAAUGUAUUAAAUAUUACCGUGUUACUAUUGAUCCACAGCCAAAAACAGAACAAGUAACUGGAACAAAUGUAACAAUAAGUGAUUUGUAUGCAUGUACUCCAUAUUACAUUUAUAUUAAUGCAGUAGAUGAAGACAAUAAUGAUGGGGAAAUGAUCAAUUUUGAUACAAGAACAGCAUCAACAGUAUCGAAAUCACCAAUAUUAAAUAUGAAAGAACCAAUUGUUACAACGCAUGACAUAAUGCUUUCAUGGAAGAUUGAGAAAGGCAACAGUAACUGUACUUUAACAUCUUUAAAAGCUGUGUGUAAUGCUACAAUGACAAACGGUCAUGGUUAUGAAGUUAAGAAUGGGGAAACUGAAGUACAUAUAGAUUCUCAUAUUCAAGAUGAAUAUUUUACAAAUUCAAUAAUAAAGAAUGUCAGUCCAUUUACUACAUAUAUAUGUUGGGCAUAUGUUCUUAAUGAAGCAGGAAAUAGUGAAUUAAGUAAAUUAAUAAGUGUAACAACAUCAGAAGAUAUACCAUCUGCACCUUUUCUCAAUGUUACAAAUAUAACAUAUUCACAAUUUAUAUUUGUUUGGGAACCACCAUCAUAUUUAGCAGGAAAUUUACAUGAAUUUGAACUUAUAUUUGAAGGAGAAAUAUAUUUCUAUAUGCCUGAUUGGUGCAAACCAGUAACCUUAAAAACCAUUAAACAUUUUAAUGGAUCUACAUUCAUUUUUGAAUAUUUAAAUGCAACAGCAUUUACAUAUUAUACAGCAAAAAUCAAAGCAAGAACCUCUGCAGGCUGGGGAAAUUAUAACAAUGACUUAGUGUUAUUUAAAACACCAGCUGGAGUUCCAGGGAUGGUAUCCAAUUUUUCAUAUUCAAUUGUAAACAAUGAAAAUAAUAAAAAUGUUUUGAAUACCAUUUUGACAUGGGGCAUUCCAUGUUCUUUAAAUGGAAUAUUGGAAUAUUUUAAUGUAUUUGUAGAUGGGACUAGAACUAAUUAUGAACCACAUUCUUUUACAUUACAAUUUUUAUCAAAUGAUGUUAAAAAUGAUACAGUCAUAACAAAUUUAAAGGAGUUAAAAGCAGAAUAUAAUUAUAUCAUUAAAGUGGUAACAAAGGUUCAGGGAGUCCAAGAUUUUGGAAUACCAGCAUUUAAAAAUAUUUCAUAUCCUGCUGGUAUUCCACCUCAACCUGAUGAAGAUUAUAUAAAAUCUAUAACUAUAGAUCCAGCUAGUGCACGAAGAACUACAACAACAGCUACACUUUUACUUCCCUUAUUCCCUAAUACAAAUGGCGAUAUUAUUUAUUAUUCUAUUAUAGUAUCAAGAAUGAACUAUAAUACUCCAUCAAGUAUUAGAUUUAAUAUAACGAAUAAUACGAAUCGUAUAUUAUGGCCAAAUAUAUCUUCUUGGAAAGAAGCUAUGCUACAAGACUUUACAAUACCUUAUCAAGCUACUAGACUAUGUUGGAAUCCUUAUCCUAAUUCUGUUGCUGAUUAUGGCGAUAUGGAAGCAGUCAAGUAUACACUUGGCAAAAAUACAAAUUGUAAAGAAAUUUCAUCUAAUACCAAUAAAAGAAUUUAUUGUAAUGGUCCUCUUAAACCAAAUACAUGGUAUCAUGUUAGAAUGCGGGCAUUUACUCGUGGUGGAUAUUCUGAUUCUACAACAUUUUUAAUAAAAACCAAUGCUGAAAUAGAUAUCGUACUUGUUAGUGGAGUUGUUUUUGGUAUUUUAUUCUUGGGAAUUUUAUCAACAAUAAUGUUAUUAUUUCGCAAAUGUUCAAUUCGUGCAAUAUUACGACGAUUUUUACAUUCUGACAUGUCUGGAUCACCAGUUCCUACACCUUUUUCAAAAAAGAAAUUUAUAGCUCAUUGUCAACAAUUUAUUGAUAAUCCUGGAAAAUUAAGCAAUGAAUUUCAGUUACUUCAAACUCUUAGUAUUGAUUUACAGAUGCCAACCAAUACUGCUUGUUUACAAGCCAAUAAGAAGAAAAAUAGAUAUUCUGAUAUUUUACCAUAUGAUUUUUCAAGAGUUAAACUGGAAGUAAUUGAAAAUGAUCCUAAUACUGACUACAUCAAUGCAUCUUUUAUUAAGGGCUAUAGUGGCGAAAAUGAAUAUAUAGCUUGUCAAGGACCAAAAGAAGAAACAACAUUUGAUUUUUGGAGAAUGAUAGAGCAAUAUGACAUCAAUGUGAUAGUUAUGUUGACUGAGUUAGUUGAAAAAGACAAAGAGAAAUGUCAUCAAUAUUUUCCAACAAUUAGAGAAACUUUUAAGUACGAAAAUUUGACUAUAAAAUGUAUAAGUGAAUUAGAUUAUAGAUCUUAUACACAAAGAACGUUAGUAUUACAAAAGGAAAACAAAAAAAGGAAUAUAACACAUUUACAUUUCAAAGAAUGGCCAGAUCAUGAUGUCCCAGAGGAUUUUGAACCAAUAAUCCAUUUUUGCCAGAUUGUACAUCGUAAUGUUACUGCUAAUAAAGGGUAUAUUGUGAUUCAUUGCAGUGCAGGAAUUGGUAGAACUGGCACUUUAAUAGCAAUAGAUAUAAUUUUACAACAUCUUCGAGAUAAUAAAAAAUUGGAUGUGUUUGGAACAGUAUAUAGAUUACGACGUGAUAGAAUAAAUAUGGUGCAAAAAGAAAGUCAAUAUGCUUACAUAUACAAUUGUACAAAGCAAAUAUUAAAAAAUCCCUAUUGUUUAAAGAAUUAUAAACCACCACCUAUGAAUCCAGUGUACGAAAAUACCUCCAGGAAAACAAGAAUAGUACAAAGUUCAAAUAUAAAUCUACACUAGUCACAACUUUGAGGUAUAAGCUACCUACCUACCAUUGCUUGACAAAAGUCCUAUAUGAGAAGUGCAAUCUUCCUUUGAGUGUAAGUGUUUCUAUUUUAUUUAAAUAUAUAUACAUAUCAAAAAUGAAUAAUAUACACAAAACCAAUAAAAAUAUGUUUUCAGGAUUUAAUUAUCUAGUCUUUCUUCAUUAAGCUAUGAUUUAUUGACUUCUUCUUGUAUAGAGAAUAAAUUAACCAUUUUAUACAAAA